AUGGAUGUGUUUGGCGGUGCACCGCGUUUCCUGGCCUACCCUCGCCCCGUAGUAGUGCAGAGUGGCACUGACGCCGUCCUGAAGUGUCAGAUUGGCGGGGACCCCAGGCCAGCGGUCAUCUGGGAGCGAAACAACGAACAGAUCCACCCAGAGGAUCGCUAUCGUCUCUUCGAGGAUGGAAAUGUCUACAAUCUCAUCAUUUCAUCGGUGACCACAGAGGAUAGCGGCCAGUAUACAUGCAAGGCCAAGAACAGCAUCGGGGAAACGUAUGCCGCGGCCACCCUGAAGGUGGAGGGCGAGGCCCAAGAGAUGGAGCUCCGGGAGGAGAACAAGCCUCGUUUCCUGAUCAAGCCCCUCUCCACCCGGGUGGGCCGCGGCGAAGACGCCGUCUUCUCCUGUAAGCUGUGGGGAAACCCGCGACCAGAGGUGGUCUGGGAAAAGGACGGGAGGAAACUCAACGAGAUCUUUGAGAGUACACAUUUCAAUGUGGGCUACCAGGACGGGGGAUGGUUCCAGCUUAAGAUCUUCAAGACUCGUGCACCCGACGGCGGAGUGUACACAUGCAAGGCCAGAAACGAGUUUGGAGAGGGGCUGGCUGGAGCCGUGUUGCUCGUCGAUGCAGGCCCGGGUCACGAGGAAGAGGGAAACCGCAACGGUUACACCAACGGCCACUGGAAAGGCCAUCAAGGCAAACAGAGGAGUGGUAGGCAAGUGACCACGCGGCUUAAAGAUGACCGAGUGACCAACCAAGCCAAGCAAGUGAAAAUGUUUGCCGUGACAGAGGGCAAGCACGCCAAAUUCCGCUGCUUUGUGACUGGGAAGCCCAAACCGGAAAUAAUAUGGAGGAAAGACGGCAGGCUGAUCAUGUCCGGAAGACGGUACCUGUUGUAUGAAGACAGAGAGGGUUACUUCACACUUAAAGUGCUGUACUGUAAGCAACAGGACAACGGGGUUUAUGUUUGCGCUGCAUCCAACACUGCAGGACAAACCCUCAGUGCUGUACAUCUCUCUGUGAAAGGUAAGUCAAACUGGUAUUUGUCCAUUGCUACAGAGUUGGCUGUUAACAGACUUCAGCAGAGAACUAGAAUGACUUUCAUGGAACAAUAUAACAUGUAUAAAACAUAACGCCAUCCAGGUGUGUACAUCUCCCCUUGACUUAAUACCAUAUAUAAGCCUUUUAACAGGUAAUCAGCAUUGCUAAAUGAAUACGCUAACAAGCCAAUUAGCUGCAUAUGACCAGUGUAAUCAGUAGCCAAAUCAUUUGGCUCCUGCAAAGCAAUUCAAACCCUGAUUCACCAGAGGAUUAAAGAUACGUCUUAAUUAUCUGAAACUUGACCAGAGAUAUUUCAAAAUACCUGACCUGGCCAAGCUCAUCGACAUGGAGUGGAUUCCAACCGGUCCAAUGUCUGCAAAGUCACUUAGGUUUUCAAAGAUGGGGGGGGGGGGGGGGGUCCAUGUGAUCGAAGUCUCUAGAGGUGGGAUCAUGUUUCGCACAUGGCGCAGAGAACAGCACUGGUAGCAACAUUGUAUUGGAGCUAGGGCAGGCUGGAAAGCAACAUUGUGUUAGAGCUAUGGCAGGCUAGAAAGAAUAUAACAUGUCUUUAUGUUUACACUAUGCUAUCCUGGUAAUGCAGAUGAGAGUAGAGGUUUAAAUAGGUGAAUUUGUUGAAAGUGUUUCCUCAAUUAUUGGAUCAUCAAGCUCUUUGUGGGUAGGAUAAGUAUAUAGUCAGCUAAAUACACAAAGAGCAGUUCAGAUUCUUUCGUUUAUAACUGGUACUGUCUGAUGGUGUCAGUUACAAACAGUUUAUUUCCUGUCCAACGCCCCAAUGUGUUAAUGGUCUUUCCAUACCAACUAAAUGAAGCCACUUCUCUCAUAUGAUUCUGCUUAACUUGUUUGCUAUAUUGGUAUUUACUAUGAAAUAUAUUUCAAUUUCCAAAUUAUAACAUUGUUUUAGACAAAGUGCAGUUAUCAGCUAUUUUUUGAAUUUCACAUGGGACAGUAUUUACACGACCAGUAGUGAGUGUUAUCUGAAUUGAACAGGAGUUAUUCCUAGUGUAAACUAGCACUGUAUAAAGUAGCAUCUCUAGCAUGUUUUAAAACUGCAAUUCAAAGAUUUAAAGCAAUAGAAUAAAUACAAUAAAUACAAAUGAACAUAAUUUUCUAUAGUCAAGACAGUUUUGGGGUAACGUCUAAAACACCAAAUUAUAGUGCAAUAAAGUGACAUCAAAAAAUAACUAGCCUCGCUAGGUCAGUAGACUUUGUUCUGUGUCAGGGCUACCUCUUUAAAAUGUUACACUACUGUAUGAGCUUUGAGGCCAAUUGUUCACAGACAUCUCUGAUAAAAGGAACAUAUGAGUUCCUUAUAUGAGUCAUUUUGUCUUUUACCAUGUCCUUUGAAUGAGUCCUACGUAGGUGGCCAUUAACCCCUUUAAUGGUAUCCCUCCGUCUCCUUAAUGUCAGAGCCGCCUGUGCGGUUUAAGCAGCCCCUCAUUGAUCUGGAGGUGUGGGAACGGGACCUGGCUGUUCUGGAGUGUGAGGUUCCUGAGGACUCUGUUCCCAUCACAUGGUAUUUGGAGGACAGGCGGCUACAGCCAGGGGCCAAAUAUGGGAUGGAAGAGUGGGGAACAAAACGACGACUCACUAUUCGUGACAUCGGAGUCGACGAUGAUGGGAUUUAUCUUUGCGAGAUGGCGGAUGGGGGGAGGAGCAUUGCUGAGGUGGCAGUUAAAGGUAAAUACUGUACAUCUACUGUGUUUAUAUGUACCACACACAGUAUCUGGACUGAUACACACAGAAAGCCAUCGUUAGCAUGACAUGGUUGGGGUGAAUUUAGGAAAUUAAUGUAAGAUCAGGUUGAAUUGAAUGAACAAAUAUGGCACACCUACAGUUUGACAUCACAACACAGUACAACGCGCCCAUUUCUCAGCGCAGUUUUUUUUCUCACAGCUAUUGAUGUCCUUACAAUUUACUCUGUCCCCUUGUAGGCACAAUCAUGCGUAAACUUCCACGUAAGGUGGAUGUUUUGGAGGGGGAAAAUGCUGCCUUCUGUGUUGAAGUGGAGGAGGAGGAAAUGGACAUACACUGGUAUAAAGAGGGGACGGAGCUGCGUGAGACUCAUCAGACAAUCCUGAAGUCCUUUGGAAAAACUCACAUUCUAGUUUUUGUCAACACAACGCCCCAGGAUUCUGGCCUAGUGACCUUCUUUGUGGGAAGAUCCAAGACUUCCUCUCAGCUGAGGGUAAAAGGUAAAAUACUUGUAGCAUCUGUAAGGUCUGAAGUUUGGGAUUAGAUUUUGUAGGUGGUGAAUUUGUCAGACAAAUGGGAUAGAAAUUGUGUUCCUAAAGUGGUCAAGCCUAAUUCCACUGAAUUUAUACCCAAAUUUCACCAAUAUUGAUCUAUAUCCAAAAAAACAUGGGCUAGCGUUUCAUACAUGACUUACUGUAUAUACAGUUGAAGUCGGAAGUUUACAUACACCUUAGCCAAAUACAUUUAAACUCAGUUUUUCUCAAUUCCUGACAUUUAAUCCUAGUAAAAAUUCCUUGUUUUAGGUCAGUUAGGAUCACCACUUUAUUUUAAGAAUGUGAAAUGUCAGAAUAAUAGUAGAGAGAAUGAUUUAUUUCAGCUUUUAUUUGUUUCAACACAUUUCCAGUGGGUCAGAAGAUUACAUACACUCAAUUAGUAUUUGGUAGCAUUGCCUUUAAAAUGUUUAACUUGAGUCAAACAUUUCGGGUAGCCUUCCACAAGCUUCCCACAAUAAGUUGGGUGAAUUUGUGGCCCAUUCCUCCUGACAGGUUUGUAGGCCUCCUUGCUCGCACACGCUUUUUCAGUUCUGCCCACAAAUGUUCUAUAGGAUUGAGGUCAGGGCUUUGUGAUGGCACUCCAAUACCUUGACUUUGUUGUCCUUAAGCUAUUUUGCCACAACUUUGGAAGUAUGCUUGGGGUCAUUGUCCAUUUGGAAGACCCAUUUGCGACCAAGCUUUAACUUCCUGACUGAUGUCUUGAGAUGUUGCUUCAAUAUAUCCACAUAAUCUUCCUUCCUCAUGAUGCCAUCUACAGUGGGGAAAAUAAGUAUUUAGUCAGCCACCAAUUGUGCAAGUUCUCCCACUUAAAAAGAUGAGAGAGGCCUGUAAUUUUCAUCAUAGGUACACGUCAACUAUGACAGACAAAUUGAGGAAAAAAAUCCAGAAAAUCACAUUGUAGGAUUUUUUAUGAAUUUAUUUGCAAAUUAUGGUGGAAAAUAAGUAUUUGGUCACUUACAAACAAGCAAGAUUUCUGGCUCUCACAGACCUGUAACUUCUUCUUUAAGAGGCUCCUCUGUCCUCCACUCGUUACCUGUAUUAAUGGCACCUGUUUGAACUUGUUAUCAGUAUAAAAGACACCUGUCCACAACCUCAAACAGUCACACUCCAAACUCCACUAUGGCCAAGACCAAAGAGCUGUCAAAGGACACCAGAAACAAAAUUGUAGACCUGCACCAGGCUGGGAAGACUGAAUCUGCAAUAGGUAAGCAGCUUGGUUUGAAGAAAUCAACUGUGGGAGCAAUUAUUAGGAAAUGGACGACAUACAAGACCACUGAUAAUCUCCCUCGAUCUGGGGCUCCACGCAAGAUCUCACUCCGUUGGGUCAAAAUGAUCACAAGAACGGUGAGCAAAAAUCCCAGAACCACACGGGGGGAUCUAGUGAAUGACCUGCAGAGAGCUGGGACCAAAGUAACAAAGCCUACCAUCAGUAACACACUACGCCGCCAGGGACUCAAAUCCUGCAGUGCAAGACGUGUCCCCCUGCUUAAGCCAGUACAUGUCCAGGCCCGUCUGAAGUUUGCUAGAGUGCAUUUGGAUGAUCCAGAAGAGGAUUGGGAGAAUGUCAUAUGGUCAGAUGAAACCAAAAUAGAACUUUUUGGUAAAAACUCAACUCGUCGUGUUUGGAGGACAAAGAAUGCUGAGUUGCAUUCAAAGAACACCAUACCUACUGUGAAGCAUGGGGGUGGAAACAUCAUGCUUUGGGGCUGUUCUUCUGCAAAGGGACCAGGACGACUGAUCCGUGUAAAGGAAAGAAUGAAUGGGGCCAUGUAUCGUGAGAUUUUGAGUGAAAACCUCCUUUCAUCAGCAAGGGCAUUGAAGAUGAAACGUGGCUGGGUCUUUCAGCAUGACAAUGAUCCCAAACACACCGCCCGGGCAACGAAGGAGUGGCUUCGUAAGAAGCAUUUCAAGGUCCUGGAGUGGCCUAGCCAGUCUCCAGAUCUCAACCCCAUAGAAAAUCUUUGGAGGGAGUUGAAAGUCCGUAUUGCCCAGCGACAGCCCCAAAACAUCACUGCUCUAGAGGAGAUCUGCAUGGAGGAAUGGGCCAAAAUACCAGCAACAGUGUGUGAAAACAUUGUGAAGACUUACAGAAAACGUUUGACCUGUGUCAUUGCCAACAAAGGGUAUAUAACAAAGUAUUGAGAAACUUUUGUUAUUGACCAAAUACUUAUUUUCCACCAUAAUUUGCAAAUAAAUUCAUUAAAAAUCCUACAAUGUUAUUUUCUGGAUUUUUUUUCCUCAUUUUGUCUGUCAUAGUUGACGUGUACCUAUGAUGAAAAUUACAGGCCUCUCUCAUCUUUUUAAGUGGGAGAACUUGCACAAUUGGUGGCUGACUAAAUACUUUUUUCCAGUGGACAUUUCUCCAAAAGGAGAACAUUUCUCCAAAAAGUACGAUCUUUGUUCCCAUGUGCAGUUGCAAACCGUAGUCUGGCUUUUUUAUGGCGGUUUUGGAGCAGUGGCUUCUUCCUUGCUGAGCGGCCUUUCAUAUUAUGUCGAUAUAGGACUCAUUUUACAGUGGAUAUAGAUACUUUUGUACCUGUUUCCUCCAGCAUCUUCACAAGGUCCUUUGAUGUUGUUCUGGGAUUGAUUUGCACUUUUCGCACCAAAGUACGUUCAUCUCUAGGAGACAGAACGCGUCUCCUUCCUGAGCGGUAUGACGGCUGCGUGGUCCCAUGGUGUUUAUACUUGCGUACUAUUGUUUGUACAGAUGAACGUGGUACCUUCAGGCGUUUGGAAAUUGCUCCCAAGGAUGAACCAGACUUGUGGAGGUCUAGCUUUUCUGAGUUCUUGGCUGAUUUCUUUUGAUUUUCCCAUGAUGUCAAGCAAAGAGGCACUGAGUUUGAAGUUAGGCCUUGAAAUACAUCCACAGGUACACCUCCAAUUGACUCAAAUGAUGUCAAUUAGCCUAUCAUAAGCUUUUAAAGCCAUGACAUCAUUUUCUGGAAAUGUCCAAGUUGUUUAAAGGCACCGUCAACUUAGUGUAUGUACAUUUCUGACCCACUGGAAUUGUGAUACGUGAAAUAAUAUGUCUGUAAACAAUUGUUGGAAAAAUUACUUUUGUCAUGCACAAAGUAGAUGUCCUAACCGACUUGCCAAAACUAUAGUUUGUUAACAAGAAAUUUGUGGAGUGGUUGAAAAACGGGUUUUAAUGACUCCAACCUAAGUGCAUGUAAACUUCCGACUUCAACUGUAGUACAUUCUGCUUCCAGCGGCCAGGCAUAGCCCACCCAGCUGUCCAGUGGGUGUGCAGAUCAACACAGAGCGUGCCAACGCUGCCCUCCUCUCCUGGGUUCCGGCGCAGGACACCCGGAAGAACCCCCCAUCAGGUUACGUGUUGGAGAGGCAAGAGGUGGGCACCGGCUCCCAGGAGUGGCUGCAGUGCUUGACAACCGACUCGGCCACCUCAGUGGAAAUUCUUGGCGACAGCGUUCCCUGCGAGGCAGAUUAUCGCUUUCGCAUAUGCAGUGUCAACAAGUAUGGCAGGAGCAACAAUGUGGAAUUCCCAAGGGCAGUUCACCUGGGUAAGCAGAAGCCCUUCCAACUGUAAAUCUGCUACAUAUACCUUUCGAUUGGCACAUUAGAGUCAAGCUGGAUUCAAGUACUAAGUGUAAAGUGGUUAUCCCACUGGCUAUAGGGUGAAUGCACCAAUUUGUAAGUCGCUCUGGAUAAGAGCGUCUGCUAAAUGACGUAAAUGUGCCCUUGAGCAAGGCACUUAACCCUAAUUGCUCCUGUAAGUCGCUCUGGAUAAGAGCGUCUGCUAAAUGACUAAAAUGUAAAAUGUAAAAUGUAAGCCAAACUUGACUAGAUGGCAAAACUUGAUUUGUAUUUCCAUUGCUACUAGAAUGUUUUUUUUUUUUGCAUUGCUAGCUAGCUAAUGUAACACUUUAGCUAGCUAGGUAUGCUAAUGUUGAUGGUGUAACUAGAUUGCCAUUGCUAGACAACUAGCUAGAGCUAGUGUGAUGUCUGUCAAAAGAAUUCACUGUCGUAACUACUCUCAUUCUGCUAGCUAGCCAAAUGUUUAGCUAGCUAAACAUUGGUUAGCAUUAUCAUCUGCUAGCAUAACAUUAAGCUAGUAUUGUACUAGCUAACUAGCAUUCAAUUGCCUUAACAUGCUAGCCAUUCAGCAACUAGCUAAUGAUCCAAACCUGAUCCCUAAAAGCUAGCUAGCUACUCUGACUUCAAAUGACUGAACUGUGAGCUAGUUUGAAUUCUGUGCUCAACAAACACCAUUAGAACAAGUGGAGACAAUCAGAAAUCAAGCCAGCUUGAAUGUGGCACAACUCUUAAAUGCUAACUGAAACAAAAUCAUAGAGAUACAUAACAUUAUAACUCUUUUGAAACCUGCUUUGCAUAAGGUGUUACCGAAUUUGAGUUUGAAGGAGAAUGCAGAGCGUAAUUGAGGUGUAAUAUUGCUAUGUUUUUCAGUCCCUGUGACCAGAAUACAAGCCCCCCUACAGGAUGCCUUGGUGCCAGAAGGCCAGGAUGCCUGCUUCUCAAUUGAGCUCACUGCCUCAGUUAUUGGCUCAUGGUUCUUGAAUGGCACUCAGCUUCUGGAGGACGACCGUUACUCCAUGCGGCGGUCUCGAACGCACCAAUCACUACGCAUACGAGGUGUACGAGAUACAGACAACGGGGCUGAGAUCACAUUCAUUGCCUAUGGAAUACGAGAUUCAGCAGCACUCUAUAUUCAAGGUACAUACUAAUUACUUCCAAAAAUUAUAGGUGUAUGAGAAAAAUUUCCUUUCUUACUGUAUUAUAGUAAGGCAAUUGAAUUUUGGUCAAAGCACUAUAAUUGUAAAGAGAAAAAUGCUCAUGAUUUUUCUGAAAUUUGCAGCUCCUCUAGUGAAGUUCACACCACUGUCAGAGAUGGAUCGUAAUAAAUUUGUUGAACUUGGCAACCCCAUUGUACUCUACUGCGAGUUGUCAGAUCCCGCAGUCCCAGUACACUGGUACAAGAAUGGGGUGGAGGUACACACAGUCGAGGGUCUUCACAUUCAGUCAGAAGGCACAAUGAGGAGAAUUGUCAUCCAAUCGUCAGAGUUCUCCCAUUCCGGAGUGUAUUGCUGUGAUGCCAUUGAUGAUGUCAUAAGGUUCAACGUGGAAGUUGAGGGUGAGUGGCAAGUGGUUUCUGUUAAACUCAUUUUUUCUGGCAAGGUUACUAACACAUUUUCUUGUGAUCUUCUGACCUGAUAGACAUCUGUUCCACAAGUUUGUAUUAAGUUUGAUGAUUGCACUUGAACAUCACAAAUCAAACAUAAUAUGAAAGUAACACACAGACAUAAAAAACCAUCAUAACAUCUAAACACCCAUAGCUCCACCUGUGAGGUUUUCAGCACUUCCAGAAGCUGAGAGGAACAAGUCCAUUGAAGCAGGCUGCCCCAUUGUACUACAAUGUGAGCUCUCAGAUCCAACUGCCCAGGUGUACUGGUACAAGGAUGGAACAAAGCUCCUACCUCAAAGUGGAAUAGAAAUCCAGUCAGAUGGCAUCACAAGGACACUAGUUGUCCAGUUAGCAGAGAUAUUCCACUCUGGGUCGUACAGCUGCAAGACAAAGGGUGAUACCAUCAAGUUCAAUGUGGACAUCAAAGGUGAAAAAGUUUUAUUUUGGGCUCUACGGAAAAUUAACAAGCUCCCUCUUAGCAAAGCUACUAAUGAUGGUCUUGUACUGUAUGUUUUCUGUCACUCUUUUUCUUGCUGCCUAUUAACAAUGCAGCUUUAUGAUCAUCCCUUCUUUUAUUACAAUACAAUGCUUAACCUGCUUGAUCUUCGAUUAUAGGUUAAAAAAACUGCCAUUUUAAACUGACAAAACCGAAUUUGAAGUCAUGAAAUCAUGAUUUGUCUAAUCAAACCAACAAUAUCAUGAUUUCUCUAAUCAAACCAACAAUGUAAUUAUGGAUUACCAUAAUCUAAGACUUAAACAUAUCUUUAGCUCCGCCUGUGAGGUUCUCAGCACUUCCAGAAGCUGAGAGGAACAAGUCCAUUGAAGCAGGCUGCCCCAUUGUACUGAAAUGUGAGCUCUCAGAUCCAACUGCCCAGGUCUACUGGUACAAGGAUGGAACACAGCUCUUUUCAAACCAUGAACUAGACAUCCAAUCAGAAGGCAACAUGAGGAUGUUGGUUGUUCAAUCAGCAGAACUGACUCACUCUAGCACUUACAGUUGUACCACAGUGGAUGAUACCAUGGAGUUCCAUGUGGAUAUCAAAGGUGAUUUUGCCCUUUCUGCCUUUGCUUUACAUCCUAUAACAGUCGGUCGUGUCUUUUUAAAAAUGCGACUAAUAAUCCCUGCCUUCUUUGUGUUCAUGAACAAAUAACUUUACAGAACAGUAUACUGCAUAUAGCCUUGCUACCUGUGCUCGAUUGAUUUGCAAUGCUGUGGCUAGCUAUUUACACAUACUUGAUGAUCACUUUACUCAUUUUACUCUUUCAAAUAAUUUGAAGCCACAUAAAAGUGUAUAUACUGUAUGGCAUACAUUUAAAUAUUUAUCUCUAUAAUAUGGGUAUUUCCUUAAUCCUCAUUGCUAGCUGUGCCAGUGACGUUCUCAGCUAUCUUUGACGUUGAGAAGACCAAGUUGGUUGAAGCAGGCUGCCCUUUUGAACUGCAAUGUGAGGUUACAGAUCCCACUGCCCAGGUCUACUGGUGCAAGGAUGGGGAAAAGCUCCUCCCACAGACUGGAAUGGACAUCCAAUCUAAUGGCACCAUGAGGAGGCUCAUUGUCCAAUCAGCAGAGGUCUUUCACUCAGGGCUGUACAACUGUGAAACUUCUGACGACACUCUCCAGUUUACUGUGGAUAUCAAAGGUGAUUUGUGGCUUUUUGGUUCAAAUCUCAUACAGAGUAACCCUAGACAGUUUUGUGGAGAUUAGAUGCAACUAACGUUGGUGGCUAUUUGUGUUGUCUGUCUCUAAGUGGUGUUUGUGGGGACUUACUUCUUCUUCUUAAGUUAAUUGAAACACUUGCUUUUCAUCUCAUUAAAUAAGGAAAUAUUUGUUGUUUGUUUACUGUUUGAAGUAAUAGGUUUGCCUCUUUGAAACUGGUUUGAGAAAUGACAGAUUAGUCACUUUGGGGAAGCUUUACUGUAAGCCCCCUCCCUCCCCCAAAAUAUUGUUAUCUGCUGUAAAUUCCACAAUUUUAACAUGGAUAAUCAUCUUUAGCUCCACCAGUGAAGUUCUUACCUUCACCAGAGGUUGUGAAGAGCCAGUCGCUUGAAGCAACCUGCCCCAUUGAACUACCCUGUGAGAUUUCAGACCCCAUUGCCCAGGUGUCACGGCAGAAGGACAAAGUAGAGCUCAUCUCUGACACUGGACCUCAUUUCAAAAUGGAGGGCAUCAGGAGGAACCUGGUUGUCGAACCGGCACACCCCUCCAACUCUGGGGCGUAUUAUUGUGCGACAGCGGAAGAUGUUGCCCCAUUAAUUGUACAGAACCAAGGUGAUUUCUGUCAAAUGUUUGUUUUUCUGAUGUUUCAGUUGCGACUAACUCACUUUCUGUAGCUUUUGGAUUAAUUGUCUUCUUACAUGUUCUGAGCUAAUACUUAAAAAGCUAGAUGCUUUAUUGUUGAUAUUGCCUCUUUACAUUAGCCAUUUUAUAACCACUCAAAAUAAUUCACACUGAAUUAUCCCCUCAAUGAUUACCUAUAGCUCCACCCAUGACAUACUUGGUUGCUCCUGAAGUUGAGAAGAACAAGUCCAUAGAAGCGGGCCUCUCAAUUGUACAACAAUUUGAGAUUUCAGACCCCAUUGCCCAGGUCUGCUGGCACAAAGAUGGAACACAGAUCUACCCACAUAGUGGACUUGACAGACAAUCAAAGGGCAGCAUAAGGACUUUGUUCAUCCAACCAGAUGACAUGUCCUGUGGUGGGAGGUUUGACUGCCAAACAACUGGCAAUACCACACAAUUUAAUGUGGACAUCAAAGGUGGUGCUCCACAUACACCCUUUUCUACUCCAUAUCAAAAUCUGACAGAAGCAUUUACAUGGUUGAAGCUAUCAUCCAGCUUACUGUUUUCUCUGUGGCUUUGUUCAAACAGCAGAGCUGUCUCACCCUGGCAGUGAGAAUGGUGAGAUAUCUGAUGAGUCUUCCCAAUACACUAUGGAUAUUAAAGGUGAUAUAAUGCUAUUUCAAAAUUAGCACACUCCAUUUUAACCCAGCAUAUACAUGCCACUAAUAAUAGUGGUGUAUUAGCUAGUGUAUUCCAUCCUUCAAAGCAUAUAAAGACAGUAGUUUAAAUGUUUUUUUUUUUGUGAUCCUAUCACCCCUCAAUCUCAUCUGAUUCCCUGCUAUUUUGGCUUUUAAUCAAACAUCUGAAUGGUCUGUGAGCGGCUGAAUUUCUUCAUACUAAUUCCUGUUAAUUGUUAAGUAUGUCAUAUCGUCAUUCUUCAUUCUUAACAGAGUCAAACAACAAUGACGCUUCUAACAAGCAGCUUUGCCGUUCUUGAAGCCCAUCUUAUGUCUUGCUCAUCAUCCAAUCUUCAUGUUCCCUUCGCUGCCCAGAAUCUGUCCCUGUUGCAAUGAGCUCUUAUCACAAAAUGUGAAAAUGUAUGUAUGAGUGGCUAAACAGAAAUGAGUGAUGUCGUGAACCGAGUUCUUACCUGACAGUGUUAGGAAAUGUACUGUUAGGUCUUAUUUACCUUGUCUUUAGACCAGCUCUUAAUCUGGUCGCCUCUCUUAAUUGUUAACCUUUGCCAUCGGUUUUCUCUUAACUCUUCCAUGCUAACACACAAUGAUGUGUAGUACCUUUAGAAAAUGAUUUUUAGAUAAGAGAAGGCACACAGAACAUCAAUUGAAAACCUUUCUCUGUGUGCACCACAAUGCAUAUAGCUGCACCUGUGAGGGUCUCAGCUGACCAAGAGAUUGAGAAGAACAGGUCCAUUGAAGAGGUCUGCCCCGUUGAGGUUCACUGUGAGCCCUUAGACUCUACUUCCCAGAUCCUCCACUACAAGGACGGCCAACAUCUUCAAACAUAUGACAUAUAUUCAAUGGAGAUGCGAAGUCUCCAAUCUGUGGAGCACUAUUCCAUAGAGACACCAACUGUCCAAUCAGCAGAACACUAUUCAAUGGAGACAGCAACUCUCCAGUCACCAGAGCUCUAUGGCUCCAAGGAGACAGCAACCUUCCAAUCAGCAGAGCAGACACCAACUAUCCAAUCAGCAGACCUCUAUGUCUCUAUGUCUACACAAACUCUCCAAUCAGCAGAGCUCUAUGGCUCCAUACAGACACCAACUGUUCAAUCAGCAGAGCUGUAUGGCUCCAUGCAGACACCAACUGUCCAAUCAGCAGAGCUCUAUGGCACCAUGCAUACACCAACUCACCAAUCAGCAGAGGUCUGUGGCUCCAUGCAGACACUAACUCUCCAGUCUGCAGAGCUCUAUGGUUCUAUGCAGACACCAACUCACCAAUCAAUAGAGGUCUGUAGUUCCAUGCAAACACCAACUUUCCAUUCACCAGAGGUGUGUGGCUCAAUACAGACACCAACUCUCCAAUCAGCAGAGCUCUGUUCCUCAAUGAAGACACCAACUCUCCAAUCAGCAGAGCGCUAUACCUCCAUGAAGACACCAACUCUCCAAUCAGCAGAGCUCUAUCAAUUAGGAGAAUGUGACAGUCACUUGGAUAACGAUGACAUUGCAUUUAAGGUGGAUGUUGAAGGUGAUUAAAUAUCGUUAGCUUUAUCAAACGAAAAAACUGACGGGCACAAUGUUGACAUCGUGUAAAAAUCAACUGAUUGCUAUAAGUAAUAUUUUACAUUUGACAAUUGCUCAUACUAAAAUAAUACAGAAAAUUAGUAAUUGUGAUAAUUUGAGCUUGGGUGGUUUAUAACGAUUUGUCUUAUUAUGUAUAUAUAUAUAUAUAUAUAUAUACAUUCAAAGUCACAUUAACUUGUAUGCAUAGGUCUCUCAGUCUAACCAAAAAUAUCCUCCCCUUAAAUUGUAUAUAUCAAGUCUAAUAAAACAGUUAUGUAAUACUUAUAUGGCAAACGUUACAGAAUUAGUGAUAUUUGCUUAUUAAUUUGAGAUUCUUGAGAGGUAUUGGCAUGACUAAUCUCUAUAGUGAUAUUUGCUCUUACGAUACUGGAGCCAUUUUAUUGUAGCAAAUAUUUCUUAAUGGUGAUGCUAUUCUCUCUUAAUACUACUUCACACACCCCCAGCACCUCCUGUGAGGAUCACAACACCUUGUGAAGCUGAGAGGAACAAGUCCGUUGCAGCAGGCAGUCCCAUUGCGCUGCAUUGUGAGAUAUCAGACCCCAAUGCACAUGUUUUCUGGUACAAGGACGGAACACUGCUAUAUGAAGAGAAUGGACUACAAAUGCAAUCGAAAGGUUCCAUAAGGACAUUGGCUGUGGAAUCUGCAAGGCUGUCUGAUGCAGGGAGCUACAGCUGUAAGACAACAGAUGAUGCAAUGCAGUUUCAUGUGGAUGUGAAAGGUGAUAAUUUUAUCAGUUUUUUUGGACUGCUUAAUCAUUUACUAAUGAAAGGAUACAGUAAUUUGACCUUUAGAGAUGCGUUAGGUCCAAAGCUAAUGGCUAGGCUUUAGUUUAUCCCUGUGGUGUGCAAGAGACCUGGAAUCGGUCACUACAGUGACAUAUGAAAUCAUCUUCCUCAAUUGACUUCACGAAGGCCUUGACAUAUAAAGUAAAUGGACAGAGGUAAACGUAUGUAGAGAAGCACCAUUUCAGACCUCAAAUUGUAACCAUGAUAGCACCAAAGUGUUAAAGGCAUAGUUUUCCGUUUUUACCCCAAUAUGUCCUUUGUCGACUUCAGAGCAAUCCACCAACGGUAUGUUAUAGUGCUCAUGUUAGAAUAUUGCUACUAUUGGUAUCCAAUUUAUUUGCAUUGGUUCAAAAAAACAUCCUAAAAUAGCUCUUACUUUAUUCCAAUUUAUAUCAGGAUUAUCACUCCAGAAGAAAUAAAGUUAUUGGAACAGAACUGUUUCAAACCAAGAUGUUAUACUUACAUUCCAUACCUUCUGUACUUCAAAGCAUUUUCUGUAGAGCCUGUAAGGAAGCAUAGCAUAGAAACGUAUGAUAAUCGUUGGAACCAUUUCUAUUCCAAAAUCUUUCAUUCCAAGUCAAAUAUGGGUCUCGUGGUAUAAAUUAGAUUGAAGUAUGUGUGAUCUAUUUUAAGAUUUUUUUUUAGAAGUACAAACCGGUGAAAGCCAAUUCAAUGCUAGCAUUAGCACAACAUAGCAAUAUUCUAAGAUAAAUUGCAUGUACAAAUGGUACAUUUACAUUAUCCAUGUCAAUGGAUCAAUCAAUCAAUCAAUCAAUCAAAUUGUAUUUUUAGCAGAUGUCACAAAGUGCUAUACAGAAACCCAGCCUAAAACCCCAAACAGCAUCCCAUAGGUUUAUAAAACCUGUACCCGUAGGCUGCCACAAAUGUUUUUAAAUAAAAUAAGAGAUACAUACAGCAGGACAACAUUUUCCCACCUUGCCGGCUCAGGGAUUCAAACAACCAACCUUUCGGUUACUGGCCUAACAAUCUUAACCACUAGGCUACCUGCCAUUUUUAAUUGAUUGAGAAAUUCAAGGAGCUGUGAUUGUUAAGUAAGAUAAUAGAUGCAAAGCAUUGAAUAUUUAUAUAUUCAUGCACUUCUAAAUUAAUUGUGUAACUUUGCCCCAGUAGCGUUUAACUGCAGGGCAUUCCCACAUCAUAUGGUUGAAUGUCCCUACCUGCUUUAGGGGACACAGUGAACAGUUGGGAGUUGGGGCCAAUCUCAUCGUGAAAUGCUUCCUUGGUGUUAAAUACAGUCUGUGAACAAAUUUUAAAUGUAUAAAUUGAUGAUUCAGAUUAUGGGAUGCCAAGGUCAUAUUUUUCCAUAUUCUGUUCCAGUUAAAGGAUUGUUUAGAUUCAAUUAGAUCUGUAGACCAUACUUUUUUAAUGGCUAGCUCAGAACAUGAGCUUUCCAAAAGUUGUAUAGAGAUCAGUCCUUUCGGGAGCCCAGGUAAUUUAUUUAUAAAUCCCAUCAUUGGAUGGUUUGGUAGUUGGGUUUCCCAAGGGACUCCAUAGCCAGCAUAGCUGACCUAAGUUGUAAAUAUAGAAAAAAAUAUUUGCCAUUUUGAUUCCCAAUUACAUCGUUUUUCAAUUUUGCGGCAAAUAUAAAUUGUGUGGACAAUAAUAGGACUAAAGCAUAGUUUACAUUUUUUAAAGGUUGUAUCAGUGAAGAACACCUCUUCCAAGGUAAUAGGAGACACCAUAUAUCUCUCUAUACUCAGCCAGGGAGCGGAAGAAUCAUGUCUAAACAAAUUUAGGAUGGGACUAAAUGCAAUUUAAGUUUGGUAGGGAUAGUCCUCCUACGUCUUUCCUUCUUUGCAAGUUUGUUAAUUUGAUCCGGGAUCGCUUACCUUGCCAUAUACAUGUUUUAACCGCACUAUGGAUUUGAUCCCAAUAACCAGAAGGGGGAGACAAGGGAAACAUUGAACUACAGAAAUGUUGCUGUGGCAAUAUAUUCAUUUUGACAAUAGAUAUUAGUCCGUCUACUGAGGAUUAAUUGAAUUGAUUUGAGCAUUCUGUUAAAGUUUCUGCCAAUGGUUUUAUUAAAGGAAGGAAAUAUAUUUUUUCUGAAAUAUUUAAAAUGGGAAAACAAUUGGGAUUCCAUAAGUAGAGAUGGAGUCCUCCAUCGGGGUCUUGAGAGGCAGUAGGGCAGAUUUGGUUAGAUGUAUUUUAAAACUUGAGAUAGAACUGAAUUUAUUGUCUUCAGAGCUUUUGGGAGGCAUUGAGAUACAUUGUCUAGAUAAAGUAAGAUAUUGUUGGCAUAUAAUGAGAUGACGUUAUCCGUAGAAUUGAGAGAUGUUGGUGUAAUUUCUUUCAAUUGUCGAAUUGCCUUGGCCAGGGGCUCCAUAGACAAUAAAAAUAGCAGAGGUGAGAUGGGAUCACCUUGCCUACGACUUUUAGUUAUUCUGAACGGAACAGAGCAUUUAUUGCCUGUUAUUACUAGGGCUGAGGGAUUGGCAUAUAGUAUUUUUAACAUAUGAAUGAAAUUGGAGCCAAGUCCCAUAUGUUCCAAAACCAACCAAAGAUAUGACCAUUCUAGUUUAUCAUAAUCUUUUUUUGCGUUGAGAGAUAGAACUGCCCAAGGAGCUUUCAUUUCUGAUGAAGCAUGUAAGAUAUGUAAUAGACGACGGAGGUUAUCUGAGGAUAAUAGUUUUUUAACAAACCUGUUUCGGUCCAGAUGUACCAAUUUGGAUAAGUACGUUUUGAGACGGGAUGAAAGAAUUUUAGAAAAUAGUUUAUUAUCUGUGUUUGUCAAAGAUAGAGGGUGAUAGUGAGAGCACUGGGUGGCGUCCUUACUUUUUUUUUUAAUAAAAAAUUUGUGCUGUAUUUACAUACCUUCCAAAUGAACCUUUGUGAACAGCUGUGUUAAUCAUUUAAAGUAACAGUGGACCUAAUUGGUUCCAAAAUGUUAAAUAGACUUCAGGAGGAAUACCGUCACAACCAGGUCAUUUGCCUGUAUUCAGGUUACCCAAUGCCAUUUUGAGUUCAUGGAGAGAGAUGUGGGCUUCCAGCAAGCCGGCUUCCUAAAUUGAGAGAAGAGGAGUUCUUAUAUAUAUUUUUUAAAUUACUCAAUCUGGCUUGGCGUUGAUUUACACUCAGAGGUGUACAAUUCUUUAUAGAAGCGGGAGAGUCUUUGGUUGAUUCAUUUUGGUUCUACAUUUACAUUUUACCUUUUAGUCAUUUAGCAGACGCUCUUCUCCAGAGUGACUUACAGUUAGUGCCUUCAUCUUAAGAUAGCUAGGUGGGACCACCACAUAUCACAGGCAUAGUAAGUACACUUUUCCUCAAUAAAGUAGCUAUCAGCAAAUUCAGAGCUAGAAGGGGGUGGGAUGGGGGAGUGAUGUGCAAGUGUUGGUUCAGGAUAAAACAUUUUUUUUGUUUUUUUUGUUCUCAUAGUAAUUCACCUGAUUCAGAUUCAAUACUUGCAAUAUCCGCUAAUUGGAAUUACUGGUUGAGUCUAACUCGAUGGAUGGCAAAUUCUGCUCUCUGUGUUACCAAUAGAUUUAGUUCUGUCUUGACUUUGAAAAGAGUAGUCGCUACCUGGUCUGAAAGAAGUGUUUGUUGAGAACACUCUAACGUCAUUAACAAUCUCUCCAAUUCAGAUAUCUUCUUUAAUUGUGAUUUAUUCAGCCCAGAUGUGAAUGCAGUUGCAUUGUUUUUAAUAAAACCUUUAAUGGUGUCCCAUAAAAUCGGAGGAUCAUUGACUGAAUUUUUGUUAAUCAUUAUGAAUUAAUUCAAUUCAGUUUCAAAUUGUUCACAGAAAGUAGGAAUUUGUAGUAAGGAAACAUUAAAGUGCCAUCUCUUUUAGAAGAUUCUGAAAUGUGUAUCAAGCAGUAAUAAGCAUGUUAAUCAGAUUAAAGAAAAAAUAGUAGAUAAUAGUACGAAAUCAAUUUGGGAGAAUGUUUUGUGCCUGUUUGAAUAGAAAGUGUACUAUUUUGCUUUAGGGUUAUGAGCUCGCCAGGCAUCAAUGAAGUUGUAAUCAGAGAGUAUAGGUUAGAUUUGUCCAGCAUGUCCAGAAUGGCAUUCAUGUCUGUCCCAAUAACCAGUUGUAAUUCAGUUAAUUCUAACAAUAUGCGGCUCAGAGAUUUAAAAAACGUAGGAUCAUGUGAAUUUGGAGCAAACACAUUAAUAAAGGCAAUUUUCUUCCAUUAUGGAUAUAUUUAAGGAAAGUGAUUCUGCCUUCUUAGUCUUUGCCUUGACCCAAGAUGGUAAUUUUGAGUUUCUUAUGUAUCAUUAUGAUUACACCAUUAGUUUUGUUUGGAGCUGAUGAAAAAGCAGCCAGGUUGUACCAAUGGUUCUCUAUUCUAUGCGUGUCCUUUUGGAGCAGGUAUUUUUCUUGGAACAUUGCUAUAUCAAUAUGGUUUCUUGCUCGGAUAUCAAGACAGCUGAAACAUUUAAUAGGUGAGUUUAGGCCUUUCACAUUCCAAGAGAGAAUAGCUAGUGUUGCCAUUGUUUUUCCCAAAAAACAUGUGGUAUCAAUGAUGUAUUUAUUAUCUUUAGUGUUAAUAAGUCCUUGGAUUUAAAACAAAAAGCAGGACCCACAGGGAAACCCACCCAUUGGUCGUUCCCCACCCAGAACCCCCCCCCCACCCCCACCCCACCAUUCCCUUCCCUAGCCCCCCCAAAUAACUUCUCUUGAGGUUACUUCUCUCCCUUUCAACAUAGACAAUAUUCAGUAGAUUAUGUUUCAGAUGAUUUCAGGUGAUAAGCCUACAUUACCUGUUCAAUAACCCAAAUGUUCUCCAUAUUAAACCCUGUAGCUCCACCUCUGAAGUUUUCAGCAAUUUCUGAAGCUGACAAGAAAAAGUACAUCAAACCAGGCUACCCCAUUGAACUGCAAUGUGAACUCUCAGAUCCAACCGCCGAGGUGUACUGGUACAAGGAUGGAACAAAGCUCCUAACCCAAAGUGGAGUAGACAUCCAAUCAGAUGGAACUAUGAGAACUCUAGUUAUCCAAUCAGCAGAGCUGUCUCACUCUGGAGUGUACCGUUGUGAGACAAUGGAGGAUGGCCUCCAAUUCACUGUGGAAGUAAAAGGUGAUGUUAAAACUAUCUAUAAUUUAAAAAUCAACCAAUCAUGUUCUGCAGUGGUAACUAACUGAUGGCUGGUGGUGUUUGGUGUUGCUUGGCAGAGUAUCUAACAGAAAAGAUGUCACUUGUCUGUUUCUCUUGUUUCUUGAGCUUAUACAGUAGAUACUAAGACCUGAGAUCUGCACAUAUAACUCACAAGUAAUAAUUAAUGUGAAAGUUAAGUGCACAGAUCUCUAGUCUGUAUACUCCCCUAACUGGCCAAAGCCAAACUUAAUCAUGUUACAGGUAGCCUUGAUGAUGGGGUACUUAUUCCAGCCACACAAUUAGUGGAUAGUCUUCUUUGAAGGCUAAGCAAUCACAUAAAAACACAACCAUUGCUUAGAAGAAAUUGUGCUCUCAUUUUGAAGACAAGUUCAAGCAAUAUGGUGCAGAAAUAAAUAAGUUAGUGAAGACCCGAUGGACAACAUUUGAGGAGAAUUUGUUUAUACCUAUUUGGCUAUUGAGAUUAGUGUACUGGUUCGUAUCUUACAAUUGGGUGUAAAGGGGAUAUUGCACAUGCCAAACCAUUCCAUAAGAGCCUUUGAUAUGCAUGUGAAUUAUGCCCUGGUGCCUACUUAAUACAUGUUGACUCAUCUUUUGUUUAACAAAUUACUUUUAUCCUCCUUCAUUCUUAUGAAGACACCUCUUUGUCAUUUGUUGCCUCACUUGCCUGUCUCUUGUCCUUCAUGUUAUUCUGUCUGUAAACCUUUAGCGGCUUUGAGAUUGCACAAUCCUUGACUCUUGCACUCUCUGCUCUUCUGUUCUUGUUUGUUCCUGCUUUGUGUCUUGUCUUUGUUAACUGUGUCUGGCAUCUCUUUUUCAUGAUUUUCUGUCAUUUGAGCCAUCUUAAUCAGUUUGGUGUGUUUGCAGUUUCUUCCCCCAUAAGAUAGCCCUUUCAUAAUGAAAUAUUGCAUAUCUUAAAAAUCUUUGAAUAAUGAAUUUUUUUUAACGACAAUUAAACAUUGUGAAAGAGAAAUUUAUUUAUGAUCCCCUUUAUGAUCAUUGACACCUAUAGCUCCACCUGUGAGGUUCUCAGCACUUCCAGAAGCUGAAAGGAACAAGUUCAUUGAAGAUGGCUUCCCCAUUAUACUGCAAUGUGAGCUCUCAGAUCCAACUGCCCAGGUGUACUGGUACAAGGAUGGAACAAAGCUCCUAUCUCAAAGUGGAAUAGAAAUCCAGUCCGAUGGCAUCAAAAGGACACUACUCAUCCAAUCAGCUGAAAUAUCACAUGGUGGAACAUAUGAGUGCUCAACAGCAGACGAUACCAUCACAUUUAAAGUGGAGAUCAAAGGUGAUUUGCAGCUAUGUUAUAGCUACACAACAGAUAGUAGGAGCUCAUGCUUAUUUCCUCACUGGUUUAGCCACUGUUCAUUUAUUGUAAUAUUUUCCUUAACUCUUACAGUUCCUAAUGUGUGAUUAUAUUUGAUGGUCUGGGAGGACAUGAACUACUACUUUCCUUCCACAACUAUUAAAACUUUAGCACCGCUAGAUCAAUAUGUGUUUUUUAAUCAAUGAAGUAGCCUAACGUCACGUGCACACAGGUUGCAUCAUUACCUUGCCGUACAGUACAUUUUACGUAGUCUUCACAAUCCAUGCACAGCAUCAUAACAAAAAGAAUCACGCUACACAUUAGCAACUUCUUCGGUGGUUUAUCUACUUCCGUGUCUGAAACCGCAUGGCAAAGCAGGUUGGUAAAAUCCAACGCAUGCGACAAACUACACGCAGAGCUAUGCACCGCAACCUAGUCCGGCAUAUGAGUCGGAGCGGUUGCGGAUUGUCUCCCAUUGAAAUAAAUGGACUUCCGCCAGAAUGCAUAGUUUGAUGCAACCGGUGUGCACAAGACUUAAUACAAUUUUCUUGCAACACAACUUCAUAGCCCUACCAUUUUCUCCCCACACACAUUCAUACCCUUUAGAUCCAUCACAGAAGAUCAUGCCACUUUCACCAAUGGAGAGGAACAAGUCUGUAGAAAUUGGCACUCCCAUUGUACUGCAAUGUGAGCUCUCAGAUCCUCUAGCCCAGGUCUGCUGGUCUAAAGAUGAAAUGAAACUAUUUCCCAAAACUGGCCUCGAUAUCCAAAGCGAAGCCAAUGUGAAGAGACUAGUAAUUCACUCUGCUGAGCUCUCUGACUCUGGGCUCUACUGCUGUAGUCUUGCGGACGAUGCCAUGACAUUCAAGGUGGAUGUUCAAGGUGAUUUUCCUCUCUAUGCCUCCUUUAUUAACAGUAUUUUAGGGGUGUAGCACAUGUUCUAUAUGACUUACAAAGAACCAAUAGUAAUAUCCAUUUCAUUCCGUUUUUUAAAACCAUUCAACCCUUUUGUAUUGUAACUAAUAGUUGUGAUACAAUAUAUAUCUUUGUAGUAAUGGGUGUAUCCCUGAAAAACUGGGAUCUACAGUAGGUUUUAAAGGUACCCAUAGCUGUUUUAAUAUUCCAACAUAGAACAAGAAUCAGCACUUUGAAACAGGUGCAUUUCGUGUUUCGUUAAAAAUUAUUUCUAAAUGCUUUGAAAACUCCAUAGCUCUUCCCGUGAGGUUUUCAGCACUUCCAGAAGUUGCGAGGAACAAGUUCAUUGAAGCAGGAUGCCCCAUUGUUCUACAAUGUGAGCUCUCAGAUCCAACUGCCCAGGUGUACUGGUACAAGGAUGGAACAAAGCUCCUCCCAGAGAAUGGAGUCGACAUCCAAUCAGAGGGCGCUUUGAGGGCUGUGAUCCUCCAAUCAGCGGCGCUCAGUCACUCUGGGGUGUACAGCUGUGAGGCUGUAGAUGACUGCAUAGCAUUCAAGGUGGAUGUUGCAGGUGAUCUAAGAAUUUUGAGUUUGGUCAAAAUCACUAACUAAUAUGUCGAUUAAUGCUUCGUAAUGCGUGCAAGCUGUCGGUUUGUAUUGAACAUCAGUCAUUAGUAGGCCUAAGCCUCCUUUGGAAGAGUUAGUUAUGUGAUAUACACAGCAGAAAAGUGGAUGCUUGAUAGUAUUUAUAGUAGCAGAUUUGAUUAAGAGAAAUGCUGAUUUUGAUUGCAUGGAAUUAAAUUAAUUAAUUUACUUCAAAGGAUCUGUAAGAUUUACCACUAAAUACUCUCGGAAAAGCAACACCUUUUCAGGUACAAAUUGGACAGCUAUGCUCAAAGUAGUGCAACUAAUAGCUUCAGCAUUCAAGUGUCUAACCUCCUGUGAUGAGUGAAGUACCCCUAUCUCCUUCAAAUAAUCUCAUGAUAUUUACAAAAUAGAUAUUUGUUAAAGCAAUAACCUAAACUCUGGUGACUCUAGACACAACAAUUAUUUAAUUGUGCCCUCUUUUUAGUUUCUAGACAACCCUUAACAAGUAGCCAGGUCCGUAGCCACAUAAUAUCAUACAUCUUCAGAUGUACUUCAUCAAAUUGCUUUUGUAUGUACAUGUUAAUGUUAGCAUGAUACCUCCAUUGAAUAUAUUUCUUUAAAUGAAUUAAAGCACCUAUAGCUCCACCAGUGAGGUUCUCAGCUGCCCCAGAGGUUGAGAGGAACACGUCCAUUGAAGCAGGCUGUCCUAUUGUACUGCAAUGUGAGCUCUCAGACCCCAGUGCAAAGAUCUGCUGGUACAAGGAUGGAAUAAAGCUCCUCCCACAAUAUGGAAUACACAUCCAAUCAGAGGGCACCAUGAGGACCCUGAUUAUCCAAUCAGCCACAUUUUCAAGCUCUGGGGUGUACAGUUGUAAAACAGCAGAUGAUAUCAGCGAAUUCUAUGUGGAUGUGAAAGGUGACAUGUAAAGUUUUUCCGUUAAUGUCAAGUUCGACAUGUGACUAAUAACUUCAUGUUGCAGAUUGAAAUUUCCUUUUCAGACCACGCAAUCUUUGGACAUUGGACAUGUUCAUUGAGUUUUGCUUUUAAGAGCUACUUAUGCAUUUCCCCUUAAAAACACAUAACGUAGUAGCCAUUUGUGUUCUUAAACUGAGCUAUGGUCAUCAAAAUAGUUUUUUUUCCUUUUGUCAUCUCUUGUUGCCAUUCAUGAGAUAUUUUGAUACUUUUCAUUAAAGGCUAAACACCUGAAGAGGUCAUCGGAGGAGAAAAAAAGCAUGUACUCUGACCUGUCAUUGUCCCCAUGACCUAAUUGCACUACAUCCUUGCACAGCUUGUAUUAACAGUUUAUCUUUGCUUCAACAGUGGAUGCAGACUUCUCUAGAACUAUCCAGGCAAUCCUCAUCAAUGCUUGAAGUCAAUGCAUCAUCAUCAGUGCUUGACGUCAAUGCAUGUUUAACCUGCACAAAGCAGGCCUUACAUAUAAUAAGACUUUUCUUGUUAUUUCACUCCACUGAACCAUUUUUAUUUUUUUCUGCAGCACCUCCGGUGACAUUUGUUGAUAUCCCUGAGGAAGACCUCUUCAAAAGUGUUGUGGAACAAGAUCGUCUUAUUAUGUCCUGUGAGGUGUCCAGGGUUGACGCUAUUGUCCAGUGGUACAAAGAUGGGGUUGAAACGCAGUCUAGUGACAACGUUGCCAUACAAGCAGAUUGCACUGUUAGGAUGCUGACCAUCCAGUCAGCUCAGCUGUCAGACUCUGGGACAUACACAUGUCGUGCCGGAGACAGCGCUUUAAUGUUCAAGGUUAACAUACGAGGUAAUGACUUAGCAAGGACUUUGAAUGAAGUACAAAAUCAAAUCAAGCCUACUGAACAUCAUUUUUGUGAAUGAUUCAUAAUCUAGUGGCAUACCGCAUUCAUAAGCUAUGUGAUGAACCGUAAAACAAGCAUUUGGCAAUUGUGAAUUGCACUUUGAAGACUAUGCUAUGAGAUGUGAUGUUUGCUGUGAUGUUCUCACUCACAUAACUCUGUGUCAUCUACAGAGCCACCAGUGAUGAUUGUAUACCCUAAAGAAGAUGUCCACCUUGAUCGGCAUGUGCCAGAGGAGAUCAUUCUUAGCUGUGAACUCUCACGUCUAAAUGGUGUCGUAAACUGGUUCAAGGAUGGGCAAAAGUUGCAAGAAAGUGAAAAUAUUAAGCUUAAGAUUGAGGGCCCUUACAGGCGACUGAAGAUUCUCUGUAGUGGAAUCGAAGACUCUGGCGAAUAUGUCUGUGACACGGCUGAUGAUUCAAUAUUCUUUCAUCUCAGCAUAACAGGUAAGGGGAGCAAUCAAGAGCACAACAUCUUGUUUUCAUGAAGGUUCACAAUGCUUGCUGUAAUAACUGGCUUUCUCUGUCACAUGAGAUCACUACUUACUCAAACAAUAAGUGUUUUGGUCAUACUGCAUGUCUUGAUGUAUUGUCGGUGCUGUCUUUUUCUAGAGCCUCCAGUACAAAUUGUAUCUCCAAGCCAGUCGCAAAUGGAGCUCUGCCAGCAAACAUCUGAGAGGAUGGUGUUGAGCUGUGAGAUCUCAAGGCCCAAUGCUGUGGUGCGCUGGUAUAGGGAUGGGCUUGAGGUGGAGGAAAAUGACAACCUAAUCUUAGAGGUGGAUGGGGUCUACAGGAGACUCAUUAUACCUGAGACCACAGUCAAAGAUUCAGCCGAAUAUGUGUGCGAUACGGCUGAUGACAACAUGACGUUCUUUGUCAACAUCGCAGGUACAGAUGUCUACUAUCAUAAACUUUUUUCAAUGGCACUUGAUAUCCAAAGUAGAAACAAACAGAUUAUUUACAGUACCAGUCAAAAGUUUGGACACACCUUUUCAUUCCAGGGUUUUUCUUUAUUUGUAACAUUUUCUACAUUGUAAAAUAAUAGUGAAGACAUCAACAUUAUGAAAUAACACAAAUGGAAUCAUGUAGUAACCAAAAAAGUGUUAAACAAAUCAAAAUAUAUUUUAUAUUUGAGAUUCUUCAAAUAGUUCCCACAUAUUCUGAGCUAUUGUUGGCUGCUUUUCCUUCACUCUGCGGUCCGGCUCAUCCCAAACCAUCUCAAUUGGGUUGAGGUAGGACGAUUGUGGAGACCAGGUCAUCUGAUGCAGCACUCCAUCACUCUCCUUCUUGGUAAAAUAGCCCUUACACAGCCUGGCCGUGUGUUGGGUCAUUGUCCUGUUGAAAAACAAAUGAUAGUCCCGCUAAGCCCAAACAAGAUGGGAUGGCAUAUCGCUGCAGAAUGCUGUGGUAGCCAUGAUGGUUAAGUGUGCCUUGAAUUCUAAAUAAAUCACAGACAGUGUCACCAGCAAAGCACCCCCACACCAUAACACCUCCUCCUCCAUGCUUUAUGGUGGGAACUACACAUCCGGAGAUCAUCCGUUCAUCCACACUGCAUCUCACAAAGACACGGCGGUUGGAACCAAAAAUCUCCAAUUUGGACUCCAGACCAAAGGACAAAUUUCCACCCGUCUAAUGUCCAUUGCUCAUGUUUCUUGGGCCAAGCAAGUCUCUUCUUCUUAUUGGUGUCCUUUAGUAAUGGUUUGUUUGCAGCAAUUCGACCAUAAAGGCCUGAUUCACACAGUCUGCUCUGAACAGUUGAUGUUGAGAUGUGUCUGUUAAUUGAACUCUGUGAAGCAUUUAUUUGUGCUGCAAUUUCUGAGGCUGGUAACUCUGAUGAUCCUCUGCAGCAGAGAUAACUCUGGGUCUUCCAUUCCUGUGGCGGUCCUCAUGAGAGUCAGUUUCAUCAUAGCGCUUGAUGGGUUUUGCGACUGCACUUGAAGAAACUUUCAAAGUUCUUGAAAUGUUCUGUAUUGACUGACCUUCAUGUCUUAAAGUAAUGAUGGACUGUCGUUUCUCUUUGCUUAUUUGAGCUGUUCUUGCCAUAAUAUGGACUCGGUCUUUUACCAAAUAGGGCUAUCUUCUGUAUACCCCGCUACCUUGUCACAACACAGCUGAUUAGCUCAAACGCAUUAAGAAGGAAAGAAAUUCCACAAAUUAACUUUUAAGAAGGCACACCUGUUAAUUGAAAUGCAUUCCAGGUGACUACCUCAUGAAGCUGGUUAAGAGAAUGCCAAGAGUGUGCAAAGCUGUCAUCAAGGCAAAGGGUGGCUAUUUGAAGAAUCUCAAAUAUAAAAUAUAUUUUGAUUUGUUUAACACUUUUUUGGUUACUACAUGAUUCUAUAUGUGUUAUUUCAUAGUUUUAAUGUCUUCACUAUUAUUCUACAACAUACAAAAUAGUACAAAUAAAAUGAAAACCUUGAAUGAGUAGGUGUGUCAAAACUUUUGACUGGUACUGUAUGAGUGUUGAAUGAUUAUUGGUGCCUUAGUGAUCUGUUGCUGGUGCACAGUGCAUAAUAUGUCACAAGAAGAAACCACUUUACUGAUGAAGAGAUGCUUCAUUUUUAAGUGAUUAUUUUUAUGCACAGAUCCCCCUGUCCGUUUUGUACGCCCAAGAAAGAUGGCAAUUGGGGUUGAGAGGUUUGUUGGAGAUUCUUUGGUUCUUGACUGUGAGGUGUCCAGAUCAAAUGCCGCGGUAAGCUGGAAGAAGAAUGGGGAGGAAAUGGAAGAGAGCAGCAAUGUCACCGUUAUUGAGGAUGGCGUCAUGCGGCAAUUAACCUUCCACUCCAUGACAUUGGAGGACGCUGGGAAAUAUGUCUGUGAUGCCAAGGAUGAUGUGAUGGACUUCCAGGUCAAGAUCAAAGGUAGAUAUAUAAAUUGAAUUUCAUAUUCAUGUUAGUCCAUACAGCUGCCUGUUACUGUACCUUUCACUUGCUUUGUCACUGUUCAUGUUACUCCUAUACAGCUGCCCAUUAGAGUACCUUGCUCUUUAUGUUUCUCCAUACAGAUGCACAUUAAAGUACCUUGCACUUGCUUUCUCGCUGUUUUCAUUCUCAGAGACACCUGUAAAGAUCCUGGGAAAAAACGAUGUGAAUACUCAAAAGGAGUUCUUCGCAUCAGAUGACAUUGUCUUAGGGUGUGAGCUUUCGAGAGCCAACUGCAUGGUCGUCUGGUACAAAGACAAUAAGAAAAUCGAUGACAAUGAGCGCUACUGCAGUGAGGAGCAGGGUGUUUUCCGUUCACUAGUGGUUCUAAAUGCUGAGAUCGACGACUCUGGAGAGUACACCUGUGAUGCCGGGGAUGAUAAGAUGGUGUUCUGUAUCACUGUGAAAGGUACACGUUCUUGUUUAGUAGGUUCAUGCUAUCUUGUUUAUGUAACGUCACAUUAUAAAUAA